AUGUCCAAAAUCAAAACCAAUCCUAUUAGCCAACUAGUCUCGUUCAACCAGACGCUCGGCUGUCUCCGUGAACUCCGACCAGCAGAGAGUCUGGUAAAGAAUCACGGAUACCAAACGAGAAAUUACAAUAUCAGUCGAAAGAAUUUGUAUUACGCAGCCAAUCAAAAACUUUACCAGAAUUUCGGUAAGCCUCGCUUUGGCGUUACAAUCGAUAUCACGUAUCUUUACCAGACCCUCUGGGUGGUCGGAGAUUUACGGAGACAGCCGAGGGUCUGGUUGAACGAGACUAUUAGCCAACAUGUAUAA